CUUAAAAACUACUUCAUUAAGGUUUGACCUAAUGGUUAAAUCCAAGACUUUAAUGAAUUCGACGAAAGACCCGCGACCCGCGACCAGCACCGGGCCGAGCGGGAAGAGUUUUGGAUUCGGGGGAAAGAGGUACGAGAAGGGUUCUUCGAGUGCGCCGCCGCCUAAGAGGAGUAAGUCGAAGCCGUCUCCGUCGGCCGCCGCUAGCAACUCGAUCAGAACGAGGAGCCACCCGCAGUGUGUACAAUGUGGUAGGCAUCACCCGGGCGAGUGUUGGCUCGCCCAAGGCUUAUGUUUGGGUUGUGGUAAGCCAGGGAAUUUCAGGAGGCAUUGCACGACAAACCCUAGCAGCGAGCCUGUUUUUCCUAGAGCUCCGGAUCAGCUUGCCACAUCGCAUCCAGCACGGAGUCAGCAGUCUACAGCCGCAAGUAAUCAGCAGAGACCACGUCCGCAGCAGUCAGGCCGUGCACUAGCGCGUACCUAUGCCAUGCAGGGGCGCACAGAUCCUAGUCCCGAUGUUAUCUUGGGUACGUUCAUACUAUUUGAUUCGGUUAUGCAUGCCUUGAUCGAUCCGGGUUCCACGCUCUCCUAUAUCUGUGUUGGCAUGCCUGCUAAUUCUGUGAUCGUGAGGAGUGACCUUGAGAUACCUACCAUUGUAUCGAAUCCGCUAGGACAUAGCAUUCGUCUUCAUCACAUUUAUCAUAGGUGUCCGUUGUCCGUGCAAGGGAAGCAAUUCCCUGCAGAUUUGUUAGAGCUACCACACAAGGAGUUUGACAUUAUCCUUGGUAUGGAUUGGCUCACCGAGCAUAGAGCAGUGGUCGACUGCAGUUGUCGGACCGUACGGCUGAGAGCCGAGGACAGUAGCGACGUAUCACUCUCCGGGGAGGUGUUCCCCAAGGCUCCCGAGUUCAUAUCGUCCUUGAGCGCGAGGCGCUUGGUUCGCAAGAAGUGCGAGAUGUUCUUGUGUCACGUUCAGGAUAUGCGAAAAGAAUCACCACGUCAGCAGGACAUUCGUACGGUUUGCGACUUCCCUGAUGUCUUUCCCGAAGACCUUCCUGGUUUGCCUCCGCUGAGAGAGGUAGAGUUCUCGAUCAAUCUCAUUCCGGGAAAUAUUUUUGGGAUCGCGUCGGUUCAGACGGCUCGCGAAUCGGAGUUUUGGAGCUCAUGUUAUGACCAUUUAAUCAGAGAUCUGCCGUCAGCAUCAGCGCCGCCGACGACGGUUCACCUCGUCGUGUUGCCGUUCGUCGCCUCCACUGCCAGCGUCGGUCGUCCACCGCCAUCGGGUUGCAGCGCCGCCACGCCGAACGCUGGACGUCGCCUCCACUACCGGCGUCUUUCCUCGCCGUCGAGUUGCAGCGCCGCCACUGUACGCCGUCGAGUUGCAGCGCCGCCAGUCGCUGCUUAUCGUCGUCAAGUUGCAGCGCUGCCACUGUACGCCGUCGAGUUGCAGCGCCGCCAGUCGCUGAUCAUCGCCGUCGAGUUGCAGCACCGCCACGGUACGCCGUCGAGUUGCAGCGCCGCCACUGUACGUCGUCGAGUUGCCGCUCCGCCACUGUACGCCGGCGUCCGCCACCGUCGCCGCAUCCAGCCGCUGCCCCGAGUUGAUACCGCCGGCAGAUUAAUCUCCACGCCAGAUUGAUUGGUCGAUUUCGUGUUUUGGCUCAAUUUGACCCGUUGUUCGUUUGAUUUCGUUGAUUUGUUUUCCGUUCGAGCUAUCGAUUCGAUUUCUGCGUAAUCCAGGUCCGUACUAUGAAGUUAAUAGCGUUCAGAAUAGAUUUAAUGGUUUGGA